UCGAACAUCAUGUUCCUCUUUUUAGCAAGACUCGAGGUUGAAUUUUAGAAUCGCCUAAGAGAUAAUAUUGAUGUUUGUACUCUUUAUUUUAUUUCGAAGUAAAAUUUACCAAUCACGUUAUCAUUAAAAUGUCAGAAAAAGAGAUAAGCCUUCUUAAAUAUUUUCUAAGCGGAGGAUUCGGCGGAAUAUGCACCAUCGUGGUGGGUCAUCCCCUAGACACGAUAAAAGUCCGCCUUCAAACUAUGCCUCUACCAGGUCCAAAUGAGGCAGUGUUGUAUAAUGGAACAAUUGAUUGUGCUAAGAAAACAAUCACAAGAGAAGGAAUACGUGGACUAUAUAAAGGUAUGGGUGUACCUUUAUGUGGUGUAGCUCCAAUAUUUGCCAUAAGUUUUUAUGGAUUUGGACUUGGCAAGCAAUUGAUAAAGAGAUCUGACAAUGUUGAACUGUCUUCUUUGCAACUAUUCUAUGCUGGUGCUUUUAGUGGCAUCUUUACAACUGUUGUAAUAGCUCCUGGUGAAAGAAUAAAAUGUCUUUUACAAAUACAACAGGGUGAUGCAAAACCCAGGUAUAAUGGCCCUAUUGAUUGUACAAAGCAACUUUAUAAGAACGGAGGAAUUACGAACAUUUUUAAAGGUACCUGUGCUACUCUUCUGAGAGAUGUUCCUGCUAGUGGAAUGUACUUCAUGACAUAUGAGUGUCUCAAGAAGUGGAUGUCCUCUGAAGACGGCAAAACAGGAAUAUUACAAACAAUUGUUGCUGGUGGUUUUGCUGGUGUAGCAAAUUGGAUUGUUGGAAUGCCACCUGAUGUAUUAAAAAGUCGUUUACAAAGUGCCCCAGAUGGUACUUACAAAAACGGAAUUCGGGACGUGUUCGUAGUUUUAAUGAAAGAAGAAGGACCAAAAGCAUUGUAUAAAGGAUGUGUACCAGUGAUUCUUCGUGCAUUUCCGGCAAAUGCAGCAUGUUUCCUUGGGUUUGAAGUUGCUAUAAAGUUUUUGAAUUGGCUACUACCUAAUGCAUAAUUUAAAAUUGUAUAAAAUAUCUGCAUGUAGUAUUCCUACCACUAGUUAUAUGUUGAAUUGAUAACAUAUUCGUGAAGUAUUCUAUCUUUAAUCAAAGAUACAAUAAUAUAUUUUUUUAUAAUAGCACUCACUUAAUGAUUUUAUGAUGAAUUUGCAAUGAACUGUUGAUCUAUUUUAUCUUAAUCAUUAAUGCUAUUAUAUAAGUUAUUCUUUAAAUAUAGCUUAUACACAAUGUAA